UGAUGUUCCUUAUAUUGGGUUGAUCCGGUUGCAGAAAAGACGAGUUGACAUUACAUCCGGGAUAAGGCAGAAUUUCCUGAAUUACCAGUAGAGGAUGAAGGCAUUUUUGUGAUUUGUUCCACAUCCUAGUAUCUGAUAUUUAUCUGCCUCAACGCGACGAAAAGUAGUCAAGGUAUACCAUGGCCAUAUUUACUGACUGUGUGGUGGUUCUGAAUGUGAAGGAGUUGCCAGUAAAAGAGAGAAAUAAGUUGAAUACUGCUAUCAAGAACAAUGAUGGAAUAAUAGCUUAUGUGGUCAAUCAACAGUGUACUCACGUUAUCACUUCAGACCUCAAUUCUUUGAGUUCUUGCAGGCUGAAAGCCAUUCAGAAAUAUAAUAUUCCUGUUGUAAAUCUGGAUUAUGUGCCUAGCUGCAUUAAAGAAGGUAAACUUUUGGAUGUCAGCUGCUACAAACCAAGUGAACCAACAUCUCGUACACCUGAUCAUCGUGAUGCAACAGAGGUGCAACUGAACUUGGAAACUCCACAUGAGGAGCUGCAAGAUGAUGCAGAAAGCUUUCGGUUUAUUUCCACACAUGACAGCAACAUUCCUCCUUUUCCACAGGAAUUUGAGGUGGCAAAGUAUUCCAUAAUGGAAAAGAAUGAAAAUGCAGCUGGUGCUUUCGUGGUGGUUGAAUUACAGGUUUCUCAGAAAAAUGACAAAUUUCCUUAUCGAAUAUCUUCUCACCUUGAACAGAGCCAGCAGCAGCAGAAACAGUUCAUUUUCACCUCAAUUGCUGAGAAAGCUGAAGAAGCCUAUGACUGGUGUAUACAGAAACUAGUUGCGCAGGAAUUCACAGUGAAAAGUCAUGAUCUUGCUGCUGCGCAGCACUUAGCAUCAGAGAAAUUGCAACAGCUUAUAAUCGAGGAAGCCCUGAAUACCAGCACAAUUUCGACUGAAGUUGGACUUCUUGUGGAAAUGGUUUGGGCAGAAGCUCUGGGCCAUUUGGAAGAUCAAUUGAUCAAUCCAACCUCCAUCUCUCUCAAUGAUGUAUCCAAGGCAGAAGGGAUUCUUUUGCAGUUGAAAAAAGCAUUUAAUGAUAUAGUUGAGGAAAAAACAUUGAGAGAUUUAAUGUUUCAAUUCUAUUCCACCUUGCUAAUCAGACCUGAGACUGACUUUACAGUUACCAAGAGAAAAAUAUCUGAGAAACAAGAUCUCUGUCAGCUGCUAAGGGAUGUCAUUAAUGCAAGUGAAGCGACUUCAUGGACUCCCAUACCUUCUUCACUUAAUAAAUAUCACGCACUGAGAUGUCAAAUUGAAUAUGUUGAUCCAAAUGUCGAUGAAUUUCUGCAUGUCAAAACUCAGUUAUUGAAUACCAAUCAAAGUACUACUUCAGUUAAGAUUUUGCAGAUUUUUCGCGUUGCUAGAUUAAGUGAAACUAAAAGUUUUCAAAGCCAUUUCGGCAAUAUUCAGCAAUUAUACCAUGCCUCUGCUGGAAGCAACUUUGUUGGUAUAUUAUCGAGAGGGUUAUUAUUGCCAAAGAUGGUUGUGGAAAAUCAUGGGGUAGAGCGAACUGAUAUCGGCAAUCUUGGAAGCGGAAUUUACUUCAGCAACUCAAUCAGCACAAGCAUUAAAUACUCAAAGCCCAGUAAAACUGAUGGGAGCCGUCUUUUGGUGAUCUGUGAUGUUUCACUUGGUAAAUGUAAAGAGUAUUAUAAGAAGGACUUCACCUUAUCUGCUCCACCACCAGAAUAUUCAAGUGUACAUGGAAUACGUAAAACUGAAAGCAUUUACUCAGAGUUUGAGGAUGAUGAGUUUGUUGUUUAUAGCACUUCGCAAGUGAAAAUGAGGUAUGUUGUCCAGUUCUGCAUUGGUGAAGACCAACUGGAACCUUUCCAUCCUCUGAUUAACGUAAAUCCUGAAGAAAUCAGCCCUUCAACAUUGACAUCUGCAGACAUUGAUAUAGAUGAUUUAGAAACUGCACAGGAUCCUUCGAAAAGCAUUACACCUGGUCUUCAGGACAGUGCUGGCAAUGUGAUUCCCCUGCAGGAAAUCCAUGUAGAGGCAAAGUUAAUGGAUCUUGUUGCAGAGGUUGUGGUUUUCCAAUCCUAUGUGAACACCAAUACUUUUCCUAUAGAAGCUAAGUAUGUAUUUCCUUUGGAUGAUACAGCAGCUGUCUGUGGAUUUGAGGCUUUCAUUAAUAAAAAGCACAUAAUUGGCCAGGUGAAAGAGAAAAGUCAAGCUCAUCGUGAGUACAGACAGGCCAUUAGAAAAGGUCAUGGGGCCUAUCUAAUGGAUCAGGCUGCUGCUGAUGUCUUUACAAUUAGUGUUGGCAAUCUACCAUCAAAUGCCAGUGUCAUCAUUAAAAUCACCUAUAUCACUGAACUUGCAGUUGAUCGUGAAUAUAUUUCCUUUCGACUAUCUGGAAGUCUGACAUCUCAACAACGGAACAAAGCAUUGCAAGAGAAAACUCAGGAGUCUCUGAAAAACAUUGAUGUGCAGAAACUGGAACCAGCUGGCGGAUUCUCACUUAACUUAUCCAUUGAGAUGCCAUAUGAAAUAAAAGAAAUUACAUCUCCAACACACAGCAUCAAAAUAAAGCGGACAGACUGUAAGGCUGUUGUCUCAAUGGACCAAAACAGCUGUCUAGGAACUGGUUUCCAGUUGCUGAUUUUAUUGGCUGAAAUCCAUACCCCAAGAAUGUGGGUGGAGAACAAUCCGGAAAAAGACAGUCAGGCCUGUAUGCUGGCAUUUUAUCCAGAAUUUGAUGUUGGAACUCUUUCCAACUGCGAAGUUAUUAUUUGUUUGGAUUGUUCCUAUUCAAUGAGGGGCUUAGUUCUUGAUGAAGCUAAGAAAGUAGCACUUCUUCUACUCCGAUACCUUCCAACCAACUGCAAGUUUAACGUCAUUACGUUUGGCACAGAUUACAAAGAACUCUUUCAUUGUUCACAACAAAGAAAUUCUGAAGAUGCGGUAAAAGUUGCAAAUAACUUUAUUCUGUCUGUUCAGAAGCCAAUGGGCAACACAGAUUUUUGGAGACCAUUGCUGAAUCUGAACUUGCUUGCUCCGUCCAAAAGAAUACGCAAUGUACUUUUGAUUUCUGAUGGACACCUUCAGAAUGAAACUCUUACAUUGAAGAUAGUAUGCCAGAAUGUCAAACAUACCAGGAUAUUUACUUGUGGUGUUGGGUCAACAGCAAAUCGCCAUAUGCUUAGAAUGUUGGCACAAUAUGGAGGAGGAGCGCUUGAGAUGUUUGAUUGGAAAACCAAAUUCAGCUGGAAAGCAAAGGUUCUGUCUCAGGUGGAUCGAGUCACUCAACCAGGCUGCAGUUCAAUUUUUGUGAAGUGGGAACGGUUCAGUUGCAAUGCUGCAGCUCCAGUCCAAGCCCCAGCACAAAUUCACUCUGUAUUCAGCAAUUCAAGACUGCUCAUCUAUGGCUUUGUUCCACACUGUACUAAGGCUGAACUCUCUGCUGUGAUCAAUGACCAAGAAAUUUGUACCAUGGUUUCCACCACUGAACUGCAAAAGACAAAGGGCAAGAUACUUCACCGCUUGACAGCAAAAGCUCUUAUUGGAGAUUAUGAACAUGGUAAUCUGGACACAAAUGAAAGUGAACAUGAGAUGAAGAAGUCCACUCUGAAAUCAUAUAUCAUUGAACUCAGCAAAGAAUAUUCUAUUCUGACUCAGUUUACUAGUUUUCUAGCCAUUGAAGAAAGGUACGAGCAGGAAGAAGACUUAUCCUUCGGCCCAUCUAUUCAGGAGCUUGCUGCAAAAGAAAGUGUGGAUAUUCUGCCAUACAUGGACUGGGAGAAACAACUCAUAAUGGGAGCUUCAAGGAAAGCAAGUUACAAGCAGGAAGAAGACUUACCCUCCGGCCCAUCUAUUCCGGAGCUUACUGUAAAAGAAAGUGUGGAUAUUCUGCCAUACAUGGACUGGGAGAAUCAACUCAAAAUGGGAGCUUCAAGGAAAGAACUGUUGCAAAAAUGGGAAGUUCCCAAGAAAAGCUUUUCAAAGGAAAGUAAUGGAGACUAUGCUGAAACUUGUUAUAAUGCAAAACAAAUUGACUCUUUAGCUCCUACGAAAUAUUUCUUGACGAAGAGUGCAUCACUUACUCCUUUUGAAAAGAGUAAUCGUAGAUGUCGCCAAGCUGUAAUCCACAGUGAACGAAAAGCAUCUCUGCAUAAUGUAUUCAAUACAUCAGUGAAAUUGGCUACCAAAGAGAAAACUAAUGAUCAGUCUUCAAAAUAUUCUAGCUCAGCUGAAAAGUUAAGUUGUUCAUCGGCCGCAAUGAAACUUAGUCUUGAAGAUGGUCCGGUUUUCCAAGGUUUUGAAAGUACAACACAUUUUAAUUCAGGAUUUUUAGCAACUGGUGCUUCUGAUAUCAAAAUGACAUCAUUUGAUGCAUCAUUUCCAUCGUUUGCAACUGUUUCUGAUGGAAAUCAAUCAUUUUUUGGUUUAGAUUCUUCAGUAGGUGCAUCUCCUUCUUUUGGAGGUCCAGAUUUUUUAGCAGCAACAGUCUCUUCUGAUGUAAGUUCACAAGUGAAUGACCCACCUGGCUUAAUAGCUGAAGAUCACAGUGACUAUCCUAGACGUAAACAAAAAUGGUGUUCUUCAAUAUCUCCGUUAUUUUCUUUUUCUCCUUCAGAAGCAUUACGUUCUACUUAUUCCAUAGAUUCAGCUAUUACAAAUGGAGUACCAUUUAGUUUUAGUUCAAUGCUACAAAUUUCACCAGCUAUAAGUUCAGAAGUUUUUGAGUCUGCUCUUUCAAAGACUUCCCAGGAUCAAAAUAUGGUCAAUCAAAAUACACCACAAUCUCUAUCCAAGGACACCAGAGAUUCACACAUCUCUCCGACAUCUUCAAAUUUUAAAAAACUGGAUAAACCUAGAACAGCAUUCGGUCAUCUUAAACAAGUCCGCAUUCAUAAACUGAAGAAAGGCUCAGAAGAGGUACUAGAAAUAAAGAAUCUAAAACUAAAGCAAGGCACACAAGAAGAUUCCAAGAAACAAACUGAGAGGAUGGUUGGCAGUUUUCAGAGAAAGAAGAAAGCUACACAGAGCGUACUAAGAAGCAGAAAUUGUGAAAUACCUUGGGUGGAACUCUUUAUGUGGCAAAAUAAGAGGGGCUAUUGGAAUUUUACAUCUGACCUUGGAGUUUUGUUCGAAAUUAAGUUGGAAUAUCUAACAGAUGUAUUUCUUGUGGAAAGAGGCAUUAAAUCUCUAGGUCACCGAGCAGCUGAAGAGAUUGUAUCGCUGAUUGCUACACUCAUGAUCCUACAGUUGAUUCGUUUCACUGAACAGUUGAAAGGGAUUAAAUUCAAAUCCCUCCUUUGUUUGGAUCAGACACUGGAUUCAGGGUCAACUUGUUGGGCAACGGAACAUGUAAAAAAAGCCAUAACUUGGGCUAGAAAAACAGACAGACAGCAUCCAGCCAUCUGUAGUCGUUUGGAGCUAGGAAGGGACUGGGAAUCAGCUACUCGUCAACUGUUGCAGAUUGAUCCUCUCAAAAAAGAUUCACCACUGCAGCAGUUGUUUAACUGAGAAAAUUAAACAUAGGAAUGCUUUAAUAUUAAUAGAAUCAAACUGUUUAAUAAACCUUGUUAUAUUCAGCAAUUAAAACCAAUUCAAAAUGUCACUCAAUUAAUUCAAAAGUUUCUAAAGAUGUAAAAAUGAUCUUGAUUAGGAUAUUACAGACAUAAGCAUACUUCUAAACUUUACGGUAGUAGAAAUGAUGCAAAUAAAUUUGUUUAUUAUUUGAAA